UUAAAUGCAGCUUCAGGGCUGCAGGACACCCACCAGCAUUACUCCCCGUGCGAGGUGGCAAAUGCAACAUGCUCUCCAGCUUGGGGUGUCUACUUCUCUGUGGAAGUAUUGCACUAGCCCUGGGAAAUGCACAGAAAUUGCCAAAAGGUAAAAGGCCAAACCUGAAAGUCCACAUCAAUACCACGAGUGACUCCAUCCUCUUGAAGUUCCUACGUCCAAAUCCAAAUGUAAAACUGGAAGGUUUUCUCCUGGGAUAUGGCAGCAACUUGUCACCAAACCAGUACUUCCCUCUUCCAGCAGAAGGGAAACACACGGAGGCCGUGGUCGAUGCAGAACCGAAGUAUCUGAUUGUUGUGCGGCCUGCCCCUCCUCCAAGUCAAAAGAAGUCAUGCUCAGGUAAAGCACGCUCUCGCAAACCUCUCCAGCUGGUGGUCGGCACUCUGUCACCAAGCUCUGUAUUCCUGUCCUGGGGGUUCCUCAUUAACCCACACCAUGACUGGACAUUGCCGAGUCACUGUCCCAAUGACAGAUAUUAUACAAUUCGCUAUAGAGAAAAGGAUAAGGAGAAGAAAUGGGUUUUUCAACUCUGUCCAGCCACUGAAACAAUUGUGGAAAAUCUAAAACCCAACACAGUUUAUGAAUUUGGAGUGAAAGACAAUGUAGAAGGUGGAAUUUGGAGUAAGAUUUUCAAUCACAAGACUAUUGUUGGAAGUAAAAGCAAAGUCAAUGGGAAAAUCCAAAGUACCUAUGACCAAGCCCACACAGUGCCAGCAUAUGUCCCAAGGAAGCUAAUCCCAAUAACAGUCAUCAAACAAGUGAUUCAGAAUGUUACUCACAGGGCUUCAACUAAAUCCCCUGAUAAGACUCCCUUUGGAGGAACAAUAUUAGUCCACCUUAUUAUUCCAGGUCUCAAUGAAACCACCGUAAAGCUUCCUACAUCCAUAAUGCUUGAGAUUUCAGAUGCAAUCAAGACACAGUUAGCUAAGAAUGAAACGUUGGCAUUACCUGCUGAAUCUAAAACACCAGAAGUAGAAAAAAUCCCAGCACGGCCCGUAACAGUGACUCCUGAGUCAGUGCCAAGAACCACGAAACCUACUGUGUCUAGUGCAUUAGACUUUUCAGAAAAAACACUGGCUCCGAAAAGGCUUCCAGAAUUUCCUCAGGCAAAAACACCCUUCCCUUUUGAGAAACCUGGGGGCACCUUGGCUUCCAUUGAAAAGCCAUGGAUUGUGCCUACAAGUAAAAUAUAUGAAGAUUCCAAACCUCUCCCACCUCAAACUGCAACUUAUGAUGUUUUCUCAAGCCCUACAACAUCAGAUGAGCCUGACAUAUCAGAACCCCAUACAGAAACAAGUGAUCCAUUUCUGGAUUCUGUCCCACCUAAAACUUCUAGAACUCUUGAACAGCCAAGGGCAACACUGGCUCCAAGUGAAACACCAUUUGUUCCUCAAAAACUGGAAAUCUUUACUAGUCCUGAAAUGCCACCUACAACACCUGCUACCCAGCAAACUACAUCUAUCCCUUCUACACCUAAACGACGCGUCAGGCCCAAAAAACCAAGAACCAAACCUGAAAGAACCACAAGUCCUGGAACAAUUACAUCUAAAAUUCCUAAAAGCCCUGAACCUACAUGGACAACACUGGCUCCCAGUAAAACACAAUUUAUCUCUUUGAAACCUAAAAUUCCUCUCAUCCCAGAAGCGAUAGACACCAAACCUGCCCCAGAACCUCAGACUCUACCACCAUCACAGUCAACAAUAGGACCUGAAACUCCGGAAACCAAACCUUCAACAACAUUAGCUUCACCAAAGACCAAACGACCAGGUCGUCGCCCCCGCCCUAAAACCACACCUAGUCCAGAUGUGCCCAAGUCCAAACCUGCUCUGGAACCUGCUACGGUACAACCGGAGCUCUUGGUGCCCACAGUCGCAUCAAAACCAUCCAAAAGACCUAAAACCACACAUAGACCAGAUGCACCUCAAAUCCAGCCUGAUUCAAAACCACCAAAGCAAUUACUUCCUAAACCCCAAACCACAGCACAACCAGAUAUGCCACCAACUAAACCCGUCUUUGAUCCUGCUACAUUUGAGACUGAAGCUCCCUCCACAACCAUAGUUCCCGCUACAGACCUUGAACCCAUAACUCUGAGAACUGAAGCUCCCAGGACAACAUUGGCUCCAAAAACAACACAACGGACAAGAACGCGUCGUCCACGUCCCAAACAUAAAACCACACAGAGCCCAGCGGUAUCUCAGACUAAACUAGCUACAACAACAAAGAGACCUCGUCGUCCACGCCCCAAAACUAAAACCACACCCCAUCCAGAAGUACCUCAGACCAAACUGGUUCCUACCACAGUCUUUGAACCAGUUUUUCUUAGAACCGAGGCUCCAGGGACAACACUAGCUCCCAAAGUACCUCACCAAACUCACCCUCCACAUCCCAAACUUAAAACCACAAGGAGUCCUGAAGCACUUGACACUGAGCUAGUUCCUGCUAUAAUCUUUGAACCAGUCACUCCUAUGAAAGAGACUCCAGGGACCACAUUUGUUCCUGUUACAGAUCUUGAACCUGUUACUGUUAGAACUGAGACAUCUGGGACAACAUUAGCUACCAAAAUGUCACAAAGACCCCGUCGUCCACGUCCCAGACUUAAAACCACACCGAGCUCUCAAGUACCUCAGACCAAAUCGGUUUCCAAAACAUCACAACAGACACGCCGUCCACGUCCCAGACCAAAAACGACACCAAGUCUUGAAGUAUCUCAGUCCAAACCAGUUCCUACUUCAGACCUUGAACCUGUUACGCUCAGAACUGAGACUUGGGUAACAACACAAGCUCCUAAGACAUCGAAACGAACCCGUCGUCCACGUCCCAAACAUAAAACUACACCAACUACUGAAGUACCUCAAACAAAACUGGUUCCCACUACAGAUCUUGAAGCUGGCACUCUCAGAACUAAAACUCCAGAAAUCAUGGUUCUUCCUACAGCCCUUGAACCUGUCACUCUUAGAACCAAGGAUCCAGAAACAACAUUAGCUCCUAAAACAGCACAACGAACCCGUCGUCCACGUCCCAGACCUAAAACCACAUCAAGUCCUGAAGCACCUCAGACCAAACGGGUUCCUGCUACAAGCUUUGAACCUGUUAUUCAUAGUUCUGAGGCUCCAGAAUCAACAUUAGCUCCCACUGAACUGCAAACUCUUACUUUGAAACCAGUGACAUCACCAAGCCUAGAAAUGACACAGAGUCAACCUGUUUCUGAAGUCCUGGAAUUCGUUACAUUAAGCAUUGAGUCAUCAAAGGAAGCUAUAGCACCAACUGUAACAGAUUAUCUAUAUCCCUCUGCCCAAGCACCACUCAGUCCAGAGGAGCCAAAGACUGCAGUUGUGGAAUCUAUUACAAAUGUGUCUGAACCACCUGAGACCACGCUAGAGACAUCUCCUCUGCCUUUCCAAACUAUAAUCCUACCCAGCCCUGAUGAGCCUCCGACUGAACCGGCUCCCAAGCAGAUACCACGUGCUUCUCCCAAACCAAAAACAUCUCCACGUCCGAGAAUCCCACAAACACAGCCAGCUCGUAAGGUGCCUCAGCGUGUUACUUCAAAGCCAAAAACAUCACCAAGUCCAGAAGUGUCCUAUACUCCACCUGUUCCGAGAGAUGUGGUCCUUCCCCCUAAACCAGACCCUGAAGUCUCUCAGCGUGAACCUGUUCUGCAACCUGUUACCUUUAGAAUUGAUCCACCAGAGACAACAAUAGCUCCUUUAGAGACACGAGGCAGCCCUUUUAUACCUAUGAUCUCACCAAGUACUAGUCAGGAGGAACUGCAAAGCACUCUGGCAGAAACAGAACAGUCCACCCAAGAAUUCUUUACAACUAAGAUUCCACCAACAACUGAAUUGACAAGGACAACUCAGGCCCCACACAGAUUGUACACUACUCCUGUGAGGCCCAGAACAUCUGACAAAGCACACAUCAGACACGUUCUGAAUAAGACAACUACAAGACCUAGUAGACUCAAACCCAGUGGGACGCCCAAAGGAAAUGGAAUGGGAGCUGGGGUCAAGCAAGCACCAAAGCCAUCAGGUGCUGGCAAAGAUGUGUCAGUGGACUCUACCCAUAUCACAAAAAAACCAGCCCCAAUCCCAGGCACUCGCCGCCCACCCUUGCCACCUAGACCUGUGCCCCCACGAAGAAAACCUUUACCACCAAAUAAUGUCACCGGGAAGCCAGGAAGUGCAGGAAUCAUUUCAUCAGGCCGAGUAACUUCUCCACCUCUGACUGCCACAUUCAGGCCUACUGAAGCCCCCUCAGAGAAAACAGAGACAGAUGAAAAGCAACCAACUGUUCCUGCCUCAGGAGAAGAUCUUGGUAAUGUAACUGACUUUAGCUCAAGUCCAACAAGAGAAACUGAUCCUCUUGGGAAGCCCAGAUUCAAAGGUCCUCAUGUGCGUUACAUCCAAAAACCGGACAACAGGCCCUGUUCCAUCACUGAUUCUGUCAAACGGUUCCCCAAAGAGGAUGCCACCGAGGGGAAUGCCACAAGCCCACCGCAGAACCCACCCACCAACCUCACUGUGGUCACUGUGGAAGGGUGUCCCUCAUUUGUCAUCCUUGACUGGGAAAAGCCACUAAAUGAUACUGUCACUGAAUAUGAAGUUAUAUCCAGAGAAAAUGGGUCAUUCAGCGGGAAGAACAAGUCCAUUCAAAUUACAAAUCAAACCUUCUCCACUGUAGAAAAUCUAAAACCAGAUACAAGCUAUGAAUUCCAGGUGAAACCCAAAAACCCACUUGGAGAAGGCCCAGCCAGCAACACGGUGGCAUUCAGUACUGAAUCAGCGGACCCAAGAGUCAGCGAGCCAGUUUCUGCAGGAAGAGAUGCCAUCUGGACCGAAAGACCCUUUAAUUCAGACUCUUACUCAGAAUGUAAGGGCAAACAGUAUGUCAAACGGACAUGGUAUAAAAAGUUUGUAGGGGUGCAGCUGUGCAACUCUCUCAGAUACAAGAUUUAUCUGAGUGACUCCCUCACAGGAAAAUUUUAUAACAUAGGCGAUCAGAGAGGCCAUGGAGAAGAUCACUGCCAGUUUGUGGAUUCGUUUUUGGAUGGCCGCACAGGACAGCAACUAACUUCUGACCAGUUACCCACCAAAGAAGGUUAUUUCAGAGCAGUUCGCCAGGAACCUGUCCAAUUUGGAGAAAUAGGUGGUCACACCCAAAUCAAUUAUGUCCAGUGGUAUGAAUGUGGGACCACAAUUCCUGGAAAAUGGUAGAUGCUGCAAUCAUGUUCAAAAGUGCCUUCUGUUCUAUCACGG